AUGGGCAGUCGACGACAUCGCCGCUCAAAGGUAAUCCGCGUGGUCAAUCUCGUAAAGCGGAUCAUCGCCUUCUUCUUUUCUCACGUGGGACUGUGUGCCUUGGUUGUCGGCUACUCUAGCCUCGGAGCCUUCAUCUUUCGAGCUGUCGAAGGCCCGCACGAGCUGAGAAUCCAGAAUCAGGUAGCGGCCGAGCGCAAGAAAACGAUUGACAUCGCCUGGAACGCCACUUUCCGCGUAAAUCGACUAAAUGAAGAGCAAUGGAAGAGGAUUGUUCAUACACAGGUAAACUCCUUCCGCGCAACCUGCUACAACGCUAUUCGAAACGGCUAUGAUGGGAAAAUGUUCACGCCGCAAUGGACGUUACCUGGAGCUUUUAUGUAUUCCCUUACAAUCAUUACAACUAUUGGCUACGGCAAUACCUCAGCAAAAACACCCUUCGGAAAAGUGCUAACAAUAAUGUAUGCAAUCAUCGGCAUCCCACUCAUGCUCCUCUUCUUGACAAAUAUUGGUGACGUGCUCGCAAAGAUCUUCCGUUUCCUCUAUGCUCAAAGUAUUCGACUGAAAUUCAAGAUCAUAUUGUGGCACAAGAAGCGGAAAGCAGCAAAAAUCCGGCGCGCAAACUCGCUAGUGAGUCGAUUGACACGCGGCCAUCGCGUCAAGGCUGAUUCAAGCGUUGAUUCGUUGGGGCAUAAUGGCUACAUCGGCGGGCCCGAUGUGGAAGAUCUUCUAACAGCCCAAGCGCAAAUGGAGGAGUUAGAAGUGAAAGAAAUUGUGCAGCAACAACUCGACAAAAUAACAGUUCCCCUGUCGCUCGUCUGCCUCACAAUGCUCGCAUAUCUAAUGCUGGGAACAAUGAUUUUCCACUUCUGGGAAGGCUGGGAAUUGAUCGAUAGCUUCUAUUUUUGCUACAUUUCACUUACAACUAUUGGGUUUGGAGACAAGUUUCCUGGUGAAUCUCUCAGCGACAAGGAAGAUGCCAGGAACAAACUCGUUAUCACAUCCAUCUAUUUGCUAUUCGGCAUGGCGCUACUCGCUAUGUGCUUCAAUUUGGCCCAAGAAGAGGUGGCCAACAAGACGCGAUGGCUCGCUUCCAAAUUUCGCCGGCAGAAGAGCGAGGACGACGAC